AUGAGGGAUGACAUCCUUACCUCCCCUGAAGUCAAGAGGCUUACGCAACAACUCAGCCCUCCGCCUGAAAGGGCUAACCGUCCGAUUGACAUCGUGGUCAUGGGGGCCACAGGCUUGACGGGAAAGAUUCUUGCGCAAUAUUUGAGCGAAAUUCACCCCGAGAUGAAGAUUGCAUUGGCAGGAAGGUCUUUAAAGAAACUCGAGGCGACGCGAGACGAGCUGGGAAUCCCAUCUUCUCAGUGUCAAAUCAUCAUAGCAGAUGCAUCCAACCUGCAGUCAUUGUUUGACAUGUGCAAGCAGACUAAAGUUGUCGCAUCUACAGCUGGACCGUACAAGAAGCUGGGAAAUCUAAUUUAUCAUGCUUGCGCGUUUACGGGAACCCAUUACGCAGAUAUCACUGGAGAGGUUGACUGGGUCAAGCACAUGGGCUCCAUGUACGAGGGCGUGGCGAAGAAGACUGGAGCCUCGCUUGUCAGCUGCUGCGGCUUUGACUCUGUGCCAAGCGAGAUCGGCUGCUUCAUGUCCUGCAAGCUCUUCAAA